GAGAGCAGCUCAUUUUAUUUCACGAAAUGGAGCCAUGAAGAGUCACCGGAGUCCAUGCGAGGGACAGGAUGCCUGAGAGCCAGAGGGCUCCAAGCUUCAGCCGGGUGACCUGAGGUGAUCGCUGGAUCCACGGCGGAUGACAACAUGAAGCUUUCCUUGCGCAGUCCAGCACACAGGUGAUCACUUCUCACCCAUUCACAUUGAGUCAGUGCCUGUGGCUGAGAACUCCUCUCUUUGGUGUGGACCAUUAAAAAAAGAAAAAAAAAAAAAACACAAUUAUUUUUGGCAGUAUCACUGGUCCAGACGGGGAAAUAUGACAUUUCCAUAAUUUGCAUGUCAUGAGACUUUCCCAGACCUUCACAUGCAAUUCAUGCAUGUUGACAUGACAACAGCAGAAAUGCGGGUUUCAAGGACAGAAAAUGCAAAUCAUCAGAUUUGUCUGCUUAUCCAACACUCGGUUGCUGGGGCAACAGGUCCAGGAAGUAAUCUUUAGACAUCCCCCUCAUGCUGACUUUGUAAUUUAACGCCUUGAAAUUGGGCCUCUGUCUCUUUAGGAUCUUCUGCUCUUUGAGAAGUUAUCACAACAUGGAUCCUCUAUUAACGCUUUAACAUUUUUACCAGUGUUGUACUGAGAAGUAUCUCCUUUAAUGAGCUCAGCUGAUGCUCAGUUCCACCAGGUCUUUGCUAAUUGCUGCUGGCUAGUCUGAGGAACUGAGUGAGGGAUUGGCGAGGAAGGCUGCUCUGUGAGGUGGAAGCUUGAAAACUGCAGAUCAGAGGAGGAGCUUCAUCCAUUUCAGCUGAAUGGUUGCUGAAAGGUUCUCAAACGUGCAUGAAAGAAUCAAAGCAACAGUCCAGGCUGAUGUGGUUGGCACUUAUUGUUUUGGUUUUGCUGGUUUUGGUGAUAUUGCUCCUGCAGACGAGGACAGAGGAACUAUUUCAGUUCCAUGUCACCUCUGCACAUAAACAGCUGGUGCAUGAGAACGCGCGCCGGGUUCUGGAGGGCGACUGUCGCCACAGAGGCAGCAGAGAGAAGCUGCUCGCUCUGUUCCCGUCCGCCAGCGGCGCCGUCCAGCCCUUCCUGUGGAGGGACCAGCCGCUGCCCGCCCAACUCCUCUCCUACCCGCCGCCGUUUGGCUUCAAAGGGCUUAAAGGCAAAGUAGAGGACCUGCUGACGCUGCUGCCAGCGGCCCACCCUGACCCGGGACCAGAGGAGUGUCGCCGCUGUGUGGUGGUGGGGAACGGGGGCGUGCUGAAGGGCCUGGAGCUCGGCCAGCAGAUCGACCGUUUCCACACCGUAAUCAGGUUGAACAGCGGCCCUCUGGGAAAGCACACGGGCGACGUGGGGAAUCGAACCAGCAUCAGGAUGAGUUAUCCUGAGGGCACGCCCCUCCACUGGGCGGACACAGACUCUCAUUCUGUCUUUGUGGCUGUUAUCUACAAAGGCGUUGACCUCAGCUGGAUGUCAGCCAUGAUCAGGAAGCUCGGCGUGACGCUUUGGGACUGGUUCUUCUUCUGGCAGAGGGUUCCACAGGAAAUUCCUCUAGAUCCCUCAAGGUUCCGACUUCUGAAUCCCGACGUCAUCAGGCAGACUGCCUUGGACUUCCUGGAAUACCCUGAACCCAGGUGGCGCCUGUGGGGCUGGGACCAGAACAUACCGACACUGGGCGUGUCCGCCCUGAGCUUAGCCAGCCUGCUGUGUGACGAGGUCAGCCUGGCGGGAUUCGGCUACAACCUGUCCCAGCAGGGGGCGCCGCUGCACUACUACGACAGCCUGCCCAUGAGCCUCAUGCAGCAGCAGAACAUGCACAACGUGGACAAAGAAACUCAGUUCCUGCACAGACUGGUGAGAGAGGGGGUCGUUACCGACCUGACCGGAGGAAUCCACUGCUCCUUCUGCUCCAACUGACCCCAUCCUGCAGCUGACCCCAUCCUGCAGGUAUUGCACUGCAACUUUGCUGAAAUGCAUGAGCAUAGGACAAAGAAGAACUAAGAGAUUUUAUGGUAUUAUGGUCAUAAUUUAUACUUCAGUUUCAGAUCUCCUGACAGAUAUUUGAAGCUGGCUUCAGAUAAUGUAUUUUUAUGUUGUGAAAACUGUUCAUCACUCAAAUAUUGUAAUUUGAGAACUCACAUGAAGGGUUUUAUUUUGUUUUUAAUAAACAGUUAUUGUUUAUGGUGUCUAAAAGUGUUGUUUUUGUGUUGAUUUCACAAAGAAAUAAAAUAUGUA